AUGCGGCACACUUUUCCUCCCUGCGAGGCUCGAGACCGUGAACAGGAUCUGGGAGCCUCAAUCUUGUCCGCUUCUGAAGCUCAUUUCGCCGCUCAAGCGAUGACGCGAACAUCCCUACAGCUCAACCCAGCGUCUAUGACGGUAUACUGUCUAUGUGACGGUGCUGUACAGAUCCAGUUUUACGGUUUCCCUGGAGCUGCUUCAGCAUGGUUGAAUCUGACCAAACGGUCGCUUGCAAAACUGUUCCCGCCCGGUGCUGUCAACCUCACCAGAGGGACCUUCUCGCCCUUGGGUACUCAGUGGUUUCUAUGCAUGUUGUUACCGAGCCUCGAAAUCAAGCUACAGAACGCUACGGUCACGUACUUCUGCGCUCAUUCGCCGUCUGCAUUCGCGAAUUUCAAAGCUUUGGACUCAAUAAGUGCGGCACAAAGUAGAUUCGAGUGA